AUGUGGCUAUGCUAUAGUCCGUAUCCUUCUCCUGGUUCCCCAGCACCAACUAUGGGGCACAAUAAUCAACUAUACACACCCCAACAUUACCAGUUCCCUGCUACAUAUUACCAGCCACUAACACCCACCAGUGCACCAUACACACCAAGCCAAAAUCCUAGUUUGAAAGGAGAUGUUUCUACAGCUACUGCCAUUGAUCUUCCUCCUAUUCCAGUAGAUACAACGAAAGCUAAUUCUAAUGGAACUGCUAAAGCAAGCCCAAAUACCAACAAUGGAACAACAAAAGCAAAACCAAACCAACAGUAUGCGCCAUCAAAUGCCAUGGGCUCGUUUGGUAAAGGCACCUUACCUGGUGCAAAUCCAUCUUCAGGCUACCAGGAUCCAAGAUUUGGUUAUGAUGGCAUGUGGUCGCCUAUUUCAUGGUAUGACAGUUCCAUGUUUCCUGAUGGGCCACAGAGACCAACUUCCGCUAACAAUGGUUCUUCAAUGAUUUCUCAUAUUGGAAAUACUACAUCCACAAGAAAUCAGAAUCUCCAUCACCUUCCUCAUCUUACAGGAAUGCAUACUCCAAGAUCAUCAGCACCUGGGAUAGUGAACAAGAUGUAUUCUAAUAAUAGAAUGUAUGGCCAGAAUGCUAAUGGAUUCAGAGGUAAUCAGAAUUUCCGUUCAAAUAUCUAUGACUCUAGCAUGAAUGGAAGAUGGGUAAUGUCCAUGGAUAACAAGUAUAAGCAUAGAUGCCAGGUCAAUGGUUUCAGUGGCUAUGGUAAUGAGAACUUAGAAGGACUAAGUGAGCUUAAUAAAGGACCGAGGGCAGGUCAUUUCAGAAAUCAGAAGGGAUUUGGGCCUAACUUUUCUGUUGCAGCCAGGGGACAAAGUCUUCCUACAAAUGUCCAGGACUCUUCUGAAGUUCCUGAUAAAGAUCAAUUCAACAAGCUGGAUUUCUCUGUAAUGUAUUCAGAUGCCAAGUUUUUUAUUAUAAAAUCUUACAGUGAGGAUGAUAUUCACAAGAGUGUCAAGUACAAUGUUUGGUCUAGCACUCCCCAUGGGAACAAGAAGCUUGAUGGUGCUUAUCAGGAAUCUAAGGAGAAGACAAAUGAAUGCCCAGUGUUUUUAUUGUUCUCUGUCAACACAAGUGGACAGUUUGUAGGUGUGGCGGAGAUGGUUGGUCCGGUUGAUUUCAGCAAAACAUUAGAUUAUUGGCAGCAGGACAAGUGGAUAGGGUGUUUCCCUGUUAAGUGGCAUAUUGUAAAGGAUGUACCCAAUAGCAUUCUAAAGCACAUUACUUUGGAAAACAAUGACAACAAACCAGUGACAAACAGUAGGGACACUCAGGAGGUGAAGCUCGAACAAGGACUUCAACUACUCAAGCUCUUCACUGAACAUGCGAGCAAGACAUCAAUUCUCGAUGAUUUUGUUUUUUAUGAGACCCGACAGAAGGUGAUGCUAGAAAAGAGACCAAAGCAACAGCAGUUACAGAAGGUCGUGGAUGGAAAACCAGUCAUUUUUGAUGAAAAAGAUAAGGACUCGGCCAAUGGGAAGCCUGGGUUGCAGAAGCCCUUGGAAGUAGUUUCAAUUUUGAAGAAAGAAUCUUCACAAAAUGCACUUGCAGAAUUCACUUUAUCAGAAAAAAAUGGUAUCCCUGUUGUAGCUGGCGUUGCUCCAAAGGAUGCUAAACCAGUGACUGAGAAGCGUGCUGUGGCUAACGGUAUAGCUAAUGGGUACUAAGUUAAUCUGCCAAACCUCCCGCACCUUCAACUAUGGUGUUAAGACUUGAUCAAAAAACUGGGGCACCAGGCGGUGGGCGUGUAUGCUUUAGGUCUAUGUCGGCCACUGCAUUGUAGAAAAGCUGUAGUUUAUCUUAUUCCAUCUUAAUAUUUGAUAUGGAGUUUGUUUUCUAAGCUGUCCCUUAGGUAGUUUAUUGGGGGGGUUAAGUUUCAUAGUAUUAGAGGCAAUAGACCUGUUUUCUCUGCUCUUAAUAGUGUGUAUUUUCUGCUGCGUAUUUCUUUUGCAAGGACCGCUUUGGUUAAAUGUUGCUUAUGGGCGCUGUUUUCUCAUCUCAUCUUUGUAGCUCUUUGGCCUGCAGAUUAAUCUGAAUAAAUCUUUCCUUUUGGUUA